CACAACCAGCGAAGAACCAAUCAAAUAUUUCUACUUCCGGUUGCGUUCGUGCGCCAUCUUUGACGAAAAAUAGCCCAUCUUUAUUAUUUUUGUUUUUAAAAAGUAUAGAAAAGUAUGGUAUAACACUUAACCGCAUUAAACAACCGAAGCAUACGUCUGGUCCUUUCCGUAUCUAACGUGUUAUAACACAGCAACCGUCUUCGGGAAGCCCAGCUGGCGAGAUGUCACUUGUGGAUUUGGGCAAGCGCUUGUUGGAAGCAGCUCGCAAAGGACAGGAUGAUGAAGUGAGGUCACUUAUGGCCAAUGGAGCUCCGUUUACCACAGACUGGCUGGGAACCUCACCGCUACAUUUAGCAGCACAAUAUGGGCACUACUCGACCGCUGAGGUGCUUCUCCGUGCUGGCGUGAGUAGAGAUGCCCGCACUAAAGUUGACCGCACACCACUCCACAUGGCAGCAGCAGAGGGCCACUCAAGCAUUGUUGAGUUACUGGUUAAGAGCGGAGCAGACAUCAAUGCCAAAGACAUGCUGAAAAUGACCGCCUUGCACUGGGCCACAGAACAUGGGCACAGGGGAGUCGUGGAGCUGUUGGUCAAAUACGGUGCAGAUACUCACGCCCUCAGCAAGUUUGAUAAGACUCCGUUUAACAUUUCAGUGGACAGAGGAAACACUGAUCUGAUGCUCUUGCUACAGGAGGGAAUGCAGAAUCAAGUGAACAUGAAUCCAGAGAGGACUAUCCUGAGCAGCACGUCGCCUGCCACCUCCAGCCCUCAGUUCAUCAUCUCCUCCUCUGGGGUGGUCAAUCUUUCUGAUAUUGUUCUCAGCAAUGCUAAGUCCAAUACAGCUGCUUCAGAGAGUGUGAUAGCUGCUGAUUCAGUAGAUUCUGCCAUUCAGCAUCUUGUAGGGGAAGAUGGCCAGAGAGUUAUCACUAUAGUAACCGACCAACAGGGAAACCUGCAGCCUGGCAACUUGGGACAUAAAUUCUUUGUCACCAUGCAGGGGCAGCAAAUGGUUGCAGUGCCAGCAGGUCAGAUUGCAGAAGAAAUCGUAACUGAGGAGCCCAAACCAGUUCCAUCACGAAAGCGGAAAUUUGAAUCAACGAUGAACCACACAGAUGUCAAGCAUAAGGAGCCCGAUGAGAAGGACAGUCGAGAAGUACUGGAACAGCAGCUAAAAGAAGCAAACAGAAAAGCGCAGGAGUACCGACAGCAGUUAAUGCGGAAGGAACAGGAAGCUGAGCAGUACAGGCUGAAACUAGAAGCCAUUGCCAAUGGACAGACCAACGGCACAGAGCCCCAAGAGGAAGUAGUACUCCAAGAAGAGGAAGAAGAGGAGGAGGUAGUUGGUGAAGAGGAAGUUGUCAUGUUGCCAGAAGGCACCAUCAUCAUUAAAGAGGAACCUCUGGAUUCAACAACAGGAGAAACUGUGACAUUAGUGGAGUCGACAGAUAUCACAGCCAUUUCUGAGGACACGCCGUAACGGUGAACCCAAAGACUCAAACACUCAGGAAUUACAAACACUCUUUUAGUCUGUGUGCCUGAAGUGUCAUAUUGUAUUUAUUUAUUGUACAUCAUAAGCUUUUGUUUUUAUCCUUUUUUUACUCCUAGCGUUCAGUUUUUGUAAAAACCUCUACAAAAAAGUCGUAGCAUUAAUAAUAUUUAGGUGGCCACAAUAAUGCUGAGCUGCUCAGAUUGGAAGAAUAUGAAGAUGAAGCAUGUCCCUUUAAUGUACAGCAGUCAUGUAGGUUUUAGAAAUAAUAUUAUUCAUUAUCCUUUG